AUGUCAGGCCUUGUUUCCUCCAGCCGCGAAGUUGCUGUGCUCGUUGUGGCCGCCGAGCCGGCUGCGAAGAAAGCUCAAAACUCCCCCGCCAUCUCCCUAAUUGCUGGCGGAAGUGCUGGAGCAGUCGAGGCAGCUGCAACAUACCCAUUUGAGUAUGCAAAAACUAGAAUUCAGCUAGAGCGAAAAGCUAGGGGUGUAUCAGUAAAUCCUUUUACAGUGCUUAUUCAAGCAGUGAGGGAUAAUGGUUUCCGUUCGAUAUAUACCGGUUGCUCGACGUUAAUACUGGGCACGACGUUCAAAGCCUCAGUGCGUUUCUUAUCUUUUGACUUUAUUAAAAACACAUUAGCCGAUGAGACGGGCCGCUUGACUCCUGGUCGGGGGAUUCUUGCUGGCAUGAUUGCAGGAUGUGCGGAGAGUCUUAUAGCAGUGACUCCCACAGAGCGUGUAAAGACAGCACUAAUUGACGACGCAAACUCUGCCGUUAGACGGUAUCGGGGAGGUAUACACGCCACGGGCAUGAUUAUUCGAGAAGCAGGGGUUUCGGAAUUAUACCGCGGGCUACUAUCAACUACUCUGAAGCAGUCCGCAACUUCUGCAGUCCGCAUGGGCUCAUACAACGUGCUGAAAGAUCUGUGCGCAGAGAACAAUGUCCCGAGAAAUAGCGUUGUGACUUUCGCUACCGGUGCUGUUGCAGGUGUCAUAACAGUAUACGCCACUCAGCCCUUCGAUACGAUGAAGACGAAGUCGCAGAGCGCGCGGGGAGCAAGUACUAUGGAAGCUUGUAGGAUGGUAUUUGCCGAAAGUGGCAUCAGAGGGUUCUGGAGAGGGAGCAGCAUGAGACUGGCGCGACUCGUUUUCAGUGGCGGCAUCGUCUUUACAAUAUAUGAGAAAGUCACCGCGCUAUUGACAAGGUAG